AAUUUACUUGCAGUAAAUGAGUGGUGGCAUGGGGCUAUUCUAUAUAUACUAUUGGUCUUGUCAGUUCGUGAUCUUCAUGAAACUAUAGUGGAAAAAUUAAAGACUAUUUAUGGUGACCCUUUACCUUCUGAUAUUAAUAUUCCAUCAGAUGAAUAG